ACAGUAAUGAUUUUAAGCAUUAACAGAGACAUUUUACCUUUAAAGUUGUGUUCCCCUUCAAACAGCCACUGCACAAGUAAAUGGAUCUGCCUACGGAAAUGUGUAGAGAGCAGAUGUCUGUUAUGGUAUCAGGCCAGCCAGAGAAACAUUCCAACAGUGGCUGCUGAACAAACACACACAGACAACCUUCCACCCUGUCUUAAAGGGGCCACACCGAGACGAGUUUGGCAGCAUUAAGUUGUUUACUUUCACUUUCACUUUGCGCUCACAUGAUGUCUACGAAGGACAUGUAAGACGGUCGCGCCAAUGGAAAGAGAAAGUAAGUCAGACAAACAACAACUCCUCGGUGCGGACGGAGUUCUCUUUCUUUAAAUUCUCUCUGUGUCGCGCCGGCGUCCUUCCCAUUUGGUCGUCUCUUCCAUGCAGAGAGCACCACAGCAGCAGGCGGAUCGGUGAGUCCCGUCCUCCAGGAGUUCCCCUCAGCUCCGUGGCCUCACCAUGCCCAGCCAGGCUCAGCUCCUGGAGGCUCUGUCCGCCGUCUCCGGCUGCAACGUGCAGCUGGCGGCCGGAGCGGCCCACACGCUCACGCCCCAGGACUUUGUCAACGUCGUGGCUCUCAAGGAGUUCUACACACAGGAGGGUCUCCAGGCGCUGGAGUAUCCCAACCUGGGGACUCUCUCCCUGCAGGACAUGGGCACCACCACCACCCUGGCCCUCCCCGAGUCUGACUCCGCCCCGACGAACAGACCCACGGUCUACGUCAACGCCCAGGAGUUCUUCGACCCCAGGUGGAACUACGACUUCACCAACGUGAAGGACGGAGAGACGGUGUUCACCCGGGGGAAGGAACCGUACCUCCGGCCCUGCGGAUGGUUCCGGGCCGCCAUCAAGGUUCUGAAGAAGUACCCAGACGGGGACGCCUGGCUGGGGACCGGGGACGAGGCAUGGCCCGUCUCCUACCACGGCCCCGCCAUGGACGGCUCCCUCGGCAUCAUCGUCACCAAAAAGAAAGCCAAAGGUGACGAAGAUGGCGAUGACGAUGGAGGUCCCGGGGAGCGGUCGGCGGCCGGGUCCACCCUGGGGAGAGGAGUCUACUCCACACCAGACGUCAAGAUCGCUGGGAAGUUCUCCAAGACCUUCCGGUCCAGAGAGGACAACAAGGUGUACAAGGUGGUUCUGCAGAACCGGAUUAACCCGGAGCAGCGUCAGAAGUGUCGGAGGGAGAAGUACUGGCUGGUCUACGUGCCGGAAGGAUCCACGGCCAUCCAGGAGAGAGCCAUCAUCGAGGGAGCCCUGCGGCCUUAUGGCCUGCUGCUGCAGCAGGUGUAACCAUGUUGGGGAACAAGCUGUUACGUAAUAAGGCUACAUAAUGAACUACAGAACUACAAGCACGAGCUGGAAAACAAUGAUUGCCUUCUACUUGACUCUGUCUACUUCUGAAAGCUACCAAGAGCUCAACUCAGGAAUAUUUUAGAAAAAUUACACCACAUCGCCAUUUACUGGUGCAUAUGUAGAAUGACUGUCCAGUCACAUCAAUACUUUUAAAUGUAACAUUCUACAGUUCCGUUUUGACAACUUUGAUAGGCUGUGAAGUGGUGAGGCGUAUGAUAACAUAUUGAUCAUGAUUUGUUCGUUGAUUGAUUGAUUGAUUCAAUUGAAAUAAUAGACACACAAGACAUUUGUAGACUUUAAUUAUAAAGAUAUUAAACCAUCACUGGCAUGUUACGGAAUGAA